AUGGAGAGUCCACACGAGCACCAGCAAGCGCUAUUGCUUUCUCGAAUUAUCGGCAACAUCGAGAAACUCAACGAGUCAAUCAUGGUCAUGAACAAGAGCCUCCAGGAGGUCAACAUCCAGAACAUGAACGUGGAGCUUGUGGCCCAGAUGUUCAAGAACUACCAGUCUAACGUUCUCUUCCACUUGGAAGCUACGGAGAAUCUGAAGGAGCCAUCAUAA